AUGAGAGAGUCUACGCCUAGUGCGUCAUGGCAUCCAGGUUCCAGAGCAGUCGAAAUGAUUGCCGGUCUAAGUGCCGGCUUCGUGACUACCGUAGUGUCUCAUCCAUUGGAUUUUAUAAAGCUUCGGAUGCAAUUGGAUGUGACCUCUGCUACGCAAUGGCAGGCUUUUCACAGGAUCUACGAAGAUUUGAUGAGAUCUUCGUCCACAACGGCCUCUCGUACAUCUUCAAGAAAAUUAAUACAGAGCAUUUAUAGAGGUGUGGGACCUAAUUUGGUUGGAUCUACUGCCGCCUGGGCAUUAUACUUCACGUUUUAUAGAGAGUAUAAAAAUCUUAUGCUUGACUACCACCAUAGUGAACAUAAUGACUCCAAUCUAAAUUCCGGCCAAUACCUAUUGUGUGCUUUUGAGGCCGGCUGGACCACUUCUCUCAUAACUAAUCCUAUAUGGGUCAUAAAAACUCGAAUGAUAUCCACUUCUCGAUCCACUCCUGGUGCCUAUACUUCGAUAUGGGAUGGAAUCAAACAGAUCUUUAUCCAUGAAGGCUUUAAAGGAUACUACAAGGGACUUUCUCCGGCUUUAGUCAACGUCUCACAGGGAGCACUUCAGUUUUCCAUUUAUGACACCUUUAAACAUCACCUGAUACUAAAAGAGGGCCAGACAGAACGCGAUCUCACCACGUUGGAAUACCUCUAUGCUAGCGCGACUUCAAAAAUGCUGGCAACCAUAUCUCUCUAUCCUUUGCAAGUAAUCCGCUCCAGAUUACAGGUUAACAGCAAUAAGCACAUGGAAUCUGUCGUAUAUCUAGUUCAUAAAAUGGCCACUCAGGAGGGGUUAAAAGGAUUCUACAAAGGUAUAGUGGCUAACUUGAUAAGAGUAGUUCCUGCCACUUGCAUCACUUUUACAGUAUAUGAGAAUAUGCGCACUAUUCUGCUGUCCUGA